AUGCGGUCCUCACUGCUAUCAGCCAUUGCCCUGACUGCAAGCACCGCAGCACAAAUCACCUUCCAAAACAGCAGCACCACAAUCCUGCAAACAGACCCCGGAACCUAUGGUCCCGAGAUAGAAGAAUACCACUACUACUACACGCAAUGGCCCAUCGGGCUAGCCAUCUCCUCGACAGGCCGUUUCUUCGCAACCUACACCCGCGGCUCCUACGCCUACACGCUCGGCGAAGUCGUCAACAAAACAGCCGAAGUCCCCUAUCCAUCCGCGUCUCUCAACCUACCCGUCUCCCAAUUGAACACGAGCUGGAACGGAAUCCCGUUCGGCAGCAACAACAGCACGGGUCUAAUCAGCGUUCAAGCCCUCUACAUCACGCCUGAAAAUGCACGCAGACCGGAAACGCUUUGGGUUGUAGACACCGGUCGCCCUACCAUCACAGACGACAGCGGCGCACCCAGUAUGCCCUACGCGCAACCCGGCGGACCCAAGAUCCUCGGUAUUAGUCUAUCCAACGACACCGUCUACGCAACCUACACCUUCCCCGCCUCCGUCCACUUCCCCUCCUCCUACAUGAACGACAUCCGGUUCGACCUGCGCCCCACCACCACCUCUUCCGGCGCCGGCGUCGCAUACAUCGUCGACAGCAGCGACGAAGGCCGGCCCGGCUUCAUCGUCUUGGACCUAGGUACGGGCGAGAGUUGGCGGCGACUAACCCAGCAUCCCUCCACUCUACGUGUGGACCGCGACGUCCCGUCCUACCAAGGCGUCCCGUUCUACCAACGCACGAUCGGCCAGCCGAUUCAGACGCUGAGGGAGGGGUUGGAUGGGAUACAGAUAUCUCCGGAUGGGGAGACGAUAUAUUACAGUCCGCUCACGUCGGACUACUUGUAUUCGAUCCCCACGGCUAACCUCCUAACUCCACCAUCCGACCCCCUCGCUGAACUCACAGCCGCAAACAACGUUACCAACCUUGGUCAGCGCGGCGGAAACGCAAAUGGGUUCGAGGGCGAUAGCAAUGGUUUGGUGUACCAGUGUAUGCCUGAGCAUAAUGCGAUUUACGUAUAUGAUCCACAGACGAAGAUCACGGAGCCUUUUGUGAGGGACCCAAGGAUAAUUUGGCCCGAUGGAGCGAGUGUGGGCGAGGAUGGGUAUUUGUAUAUGAAUAUUAAUCAGUUGCCAAGGCAGCCGAAUUGGAAUGAGGGGGUUGAUGGGAGGGUUUUUCCGGGGGCGGUUUUGAGGGUAAAGUUGCCCGGGGGAGGGAGGAAGAUUAUGAGUUUGGCAUAA